AUUCCAAACCUUGGAAAACUCGAUCGGCUUCUCAUUGUUUUUUGCUUUCCAUAUCACGUGACUCAAUAAAUAUUUACCCUGGAAGCUUCGACCGCGUCGCGAGGCUCAUCCAGAGAGUUGCAGCUCUAAACAGAAAAAAAGAACAGCUGCAGGUAUAACAACCAGGACCUUGGCCUCGAUCAACCUCGAAUUUCACAGCCAUUUUGCCUUCAUCGCACAACUUCUAAAGAUUAUCCUAUCAUCACGACUCAAUCGCUCUUUUCUUCAUGAAGUUUUUUUAAUCUUUAAUUCCAUCUUCUGCAGAAUUCCUUCUCGCGACAGCAUUUAUUUCGAGAUUGGUUAAUUGUCAGCCGGCAAAAUAAAAUAAAAGAUGGCUCUUCCAGGGACACCACAAAGGCCUUUACCAGGUGCAUAUUUCAUGACACCUGCUCCUCCGAGAUUCAUUCAACCUCCUCCACCGCAACCUCCUCUAUUUCGACCACCGCAGCCGCAUUCAACUCCACCUCGAGAUGGUUCAAUGCCUCCUCCAAUUCAAGCUCAAAUCAUACCGCAACCCUUAUCGCCUAUAUCGCGAGCUGCAAAAACCAUCAAUGAAGUCCUACAAAGAGAAUCGAGCUUUCCCGACCUCGAUAGUUAUGUCAAGCGUGAGUGUACUGUACAUUCUUUACAUGAGAUACAACUAACGGUUCCGCAGAGGGCAUUUCUUCCGACUAUGAACUUCCAUCUCCUACCUCUGAUCCUGCCUGGGUUCCUUUCCAAAAGAUGAGAAUGUACGAUAUUCCCGAUACGAUUUACGACCAAUACAAUAAUGCUGCUUUUGGGACUUCAAUGGGUCUUUUCGCCGAGUUAAAUCAUGCCUGGGCUGCUAUCGACAAUGCGCUAUAUCUAUGGGACUAUACAAGUCCAAAUCCAACGCUACGAGGAUUCGAAGAUCAGCCAAACGGUAUUAGAGCUGUGAAACUGGUUGUACCGCGCAGAGGAGUUUUCAUUAGUGCUAUUACGCAUAUCGUGGUGGUCGCAACCACUCAAGACAUUAUCUUGUUGGGUGUCGCAAAUGCAGUGGAUGAGCAUGGAAAUAGAACUCUGGAGCUUUACAGAACGGGCAUGACGCUAUCUAUUAGAGGGCUCGAUGUUACAGUAAUUGAGGGAUCAGCAGAUACAGGGCGCAUAUUUUUUGCGGGAGGAGCUAACCAAGUCUACGAACUUACAUAUCAAAAUGAAGAUAAAUGGUUUUCGAAUAAAACGGGAAAGCUCAAUCACACGACUCCUGGAUACACGUCCUUGGUUCCCAUACCUUGGGGUCGGACGACGACCGAGGUUGUAGUGGAUAUGGUUGUCGAUGAUUCCCGUCGCCUGUUAUACACUCUUUCUUCCGAAUCCACCAUUCGAACAUUCCACAUGGAUAGCGCUACUACUUUAACACAAGUUAUUGAGAAGAAGCGACAAGAUGUCUUGAGAGAUAUCUCACACAUGAUUUCCCCCACGCCUCUUUUGUCUUCUCAUAUGCGAAUCGUCUCAAUCAGUCCCAUAUCUGCAAGGGAAGGAAUAAAGCUUCAUCUUAUGGCCACUACCACAUCUGGAUGUAGGAUAUUCCUCAGUGCAACUCGUGGUUAUGCUUAUGGUUUCCAAAGUGGUCAGGGUGCUCCGCAGAGUAUGCAGGUUCAACACAUUAGAUUUCCACCCAGGCUUGAUCGAGCUGGAAACAGAUCUUAUCCGGGACUUGAACCAGCGAUUGAGACCAGCUCCGAAGCUUUAGCACAUACACGGAAAGGUCUUAGAUAUCCUCCAGGUUUCUUCUUCUGCUUUGUUUCCAAGGAGACCCGUGAUGGGAGCGACGCUCUUUUCCUGUCAGCCCCAGAUACUGGUCGCAUAGCAGCGCAAGCAAGAGAUAUGACCGUUCAACAAGGAUUGCGAUAUUGCGAAUCGGCAUUUUGGCUCGAGAUGGGUAGCCGUGCUGAGGCUAUUGGCCUUGUGACGAAACCAUUCGCUGCUUCAGAGCAACCCCUGGGCUUUGGAAAUGAGCUUGCAACCCAGUAUGACUUGCCUACUCCGGAAGUCGCUAUUAUGACAAACUCUGGAAUUCAUAUCGUUCGACGCCGACGUCUUGUGGAUAUAUUCGCCUCCGCAAUUCGAAGUGGAUUCGAUGACGGAGAAACGGAGAUUAAGAAGUUCAUUCGGCAAUAUGGUAGAGGAGAGACAACUGCGACCGCCUUGGCCGUCGCAUGUGGACAGGGUGGUGAUGCUUCGAUAGUUGGAGAGAGGAGGAUAGUCGACCCAGACACGAUCGAAGCUGCAAGAAGAGCAUUCGUCGAACAUGGUGGACGUGCAUCUAUGGACCAGAACAUGGUUAUCGAAGGACCUACCCAGGCAAUUGAAAAUGUACGACCUUCCUCGAGACACGACGGACUUGCCCUAUACAUGGCGAGAUUGGUCCGUAGCCUUUGGAAAUCUCCUGUUAUAAAAUUGGAGACAAGCAAACAAGUGCUUGCUAUAAAGCCAAGAAUUAGCAAAAAGAAGCUAGCUGCGGUUCAGGAUGAGCUUAUGAAAUUGUCAAAAUUCUUGGAGGACAACAAGACAUUCAUUGAAGGGUUGUCUGGACCCGAGGGUCUCAAUCGCGUCACAAGUCAGCAAGAGGACGUUGCUCUGCAAGGCGAACAUCAAGCAUUGCAUUCCUUACAAAUCCUUAACACGAGCAUUGUGGAAGGAAUAUCUUUCGUGCAAAUGUUCUUCGAGGAACGAGUCGAUGAUAUAUGGGCUGCAUUGGAUGAUACAGCGAAACAACAGCUUCGAGAACUAACAUUCGAGUUAUUGUUCUCUACUGCUAACGGGAAAAAUUUGGCAAAGUUAUUGGUGAAAGAGAUCGUGAACCGCAACAUUGCUCAAGGGUCAAAUGUUGACACGGUCGCGGAAGCUCUUAGAAGACGCUGUGGCACUUUCUGUAGCCCUGAUGAUGUCAUUAUUUUCAGGGCUCAGGAGCAAUUGCAACGAGCAACCAGCGUCGGCCCUUCAACUGAUCACGGGAGAGCACUUCUCAAUGAGAGUGUUCGAUUGUUUCAGGAGGUCGCGGGUGUCCUAUCCCAUGACAAUUUGUAUAGCGCUUGUUCUCAAUUUGCCGCCAACAAAUUCUAUGCUGGUGCCAUCAGCCUGGCGUUACUUGUUGCCCGCGAAUCCGAUCGUGGAAACAAAGCUUUGUCGUGGCUUAAUGAUGGGAGACCUGCUGACGAUCCUCGAGCAAGCUUCUUCAAUUUUCGCAAGGUCUGUUACGACAUUGUGAAGGGAAUUCUGACUGCUGUCGACAACGACACUGGGAACGCACCAGAAAUGGUCGAUGGUAGACAAUCCACUCCAGCUAGAAUGCGCGAGGAAGCGCAUCAAGUGGUUGAUGACUCAGAUGAUGAGGUCUUUCAAUAUGAUCUAUUUGAUUGGUACCUUGGACAGGGCUGGAUGGAGAGAAUCAUUGCUACUGAUUCGCCCUUCAUCGUCAAAUAUCUUGAGCGAACUGCUAGCGAAAGCAUGGAGAAUUCGGAUUUACUGUGGAGAUACUACGUUCAUCGAGAGGACUACUCUGCCGCUGCUGGUGUACAACUUACCUUGGCUAAGAGUGAACUUCCAAUCACCUUGCAAAGAAGAAUCGAAUACUUGAGCAGAGCCAAAGCAAACGCUCAAACACAAGGUGGUGCGGUUCAUAGACAAGCACGACAAAUUAUGUUACAUGAGGCUGGCGAGCUACUCGACGUUGCUAAUAUUCAACAUGAAUUAUUGCAACGUUUGAGAGCCGAUAUUAGGAUUACUCAAGCACGAAAAGAUAAUGUAGUGGCCGACCUUGAUGGUGCCAUUCAACCACUCUCUGUCGUAUGUUCACCUUACCUUGACAUUUUGCUUAUAACUGCUAACUUCUUCCAGCUUUUCAAUGAAUAUGCUGACCAAGGCCAAUACUAUGAUAUCUGUCUUCAGAUUUUUGCAGCAGCCAAUCACCACAAUCAGGCUGAUAUCAAAACUAUGUGGGAACAACUUCUACAAUUCACACAAGCCCGUGUAGAGGAAGAACCCAAGGCACAAAGCGAACAUCCAUAUGAAGCUAUUGUCAACAUUAUUCGGGAGAUGUCGCAAAAGCUCUCUGGAUACGAGAUUGUCUUCUCUCCUAGUAUCCUCAUUCCCCUCGUCGAAACAUAUGCUGCUGAACAUGAACACCCAGGUCCAAUGAACUGGGUUCCAGAUUUGUUCCUCAGCGUUUCGUUCGAUCCUGACACGAUCAUCAAUAUUUUAGAAGGGAUGUUCUACAAUGAAGUCAAUCCGUUCGUGGGGCCCAAUAGGAUAGUUCUUGCAAAUCACAUUGUUUAUGUUGCGGAACAAUGGUAUGAGGAUUGUCUUCGACACAACAAAAGGGUUUUUGGAGGGGAAGUGCAGAAAGACAUGAUUGGACAACUUUUGGCAGAGUUGAGUGCCGCCGCAUAUAGAGAUGACCCAGUGGGAAGACAGAGGAUCAUGGAGUUGAGAAGGAGGAUUGGGUUGGGAGGAUUGCGAUGAGCGAGUAGCCGGGAUGGAUAAAUUAUCGGUACGGAGACGAAAAGGGGAAAAUUGUAAUUGGAAAUGAAAAUGAGUGCAGGGAAAUUUCUGACAAUAUCUCAUUGCCAUGAAUGGCAUCCGUGGGGAAUAAUUUGGGCAUUGAAGCUUGGAGUUGGGGUGAACUUGUUUGUGUUCUUUUGAUGCUAGGUGAAGGAAAGGAAAGGUUAGUCGAACUACCCUUCUCCGUCUGUUGACAGAGAAUCGUAUGUUUACGUCAAAUGGAGCAGUUCCAUGUGCGGAUACAAGGAUGUAGGGCUCGUGGAUGGAAAACGCUGAAGAUAGAUGAUUGAUAUGCUUUGUAACUUCUAUAUUAGAGAUGGCCUGUGUUUGGUAAUGAUGAUUCUUAUAGUCAGUGGUGGAAAGUGAAAAGGGAGGGAAAAGUUUGGUCUAGUUAGUGUGUCGGUAGAGAAGGCUAAGAGAAUGAAACUAAAUAGAUAUCAUGGUAGAUAAAACGUACAAUUUUUGACUGCUAAUUGCUUUGCGAUGGGUUAGUGCCAUUUUUCUGGUAAAGUGACCCGUCUAUUGUGUAAAUACUAGUAGUAUCAUACGUACAUCGCGCUUGUGAAAUAUACUAGUGCAUUGUUGCUAAUUGAUAGUGGCA